GUCAAGCCGCUCUUAUAUGGUUUUUUCUCAUUCUUGCUCGAUCGGUAAAGUCGCUCGCCGUCGCCGAGUAGCACUACGCGUUGUACUAUUGCUGUUAAUUGCCAAAGAAAAUACGACAUUUCGCGCGUUGCGCCCGGAGAUCUCCAUCUCUCUCGAAAAGUCAAAGUCAGAAUAUAACAUAGUACGUUGUUGUUGCAUUUUUUUUGCUGUGCUGCGCGGUUUAAUGUCAACAUCACCAUUUGCCAACUCGAAACGGGCGCUGUGCGCUUGACAAAAUGCAAUUUAAAGGCAUUUAGGAAACACGAAACGAAGAAUAUAUAAAACGCUGAAACGGGUUCGAGUUCGAAUUCGGAAUGGACACGGACAUUAGUAUGGGAAUGGGCAUGAACACGGUCACAGGUGCUCCCCCGACCACAAUCUACCCGCAUUCGGCGACAUUGUUCGCGGCAAUUAGUGCCUGUGUCUUUGUGACAAUUGGCGUUCUUGGCAACCUGAUUACGCUGCUGGCGCUGCUCAAAAGCCCUACGAUACGGGAACACGCCACCACCGCCUUCGUCAUCUCGCUGAGCAUCUCCGACCUGCUCUUCUGCUCCUUUAGCCUGCCGCUGACGGCGGUUCGAUACUUCCAGGAGAGCUGGACCUUUGGCACCACUUUGUGCAAGAUCUUUCCGGUGAUCUUCUAUGGCAAUGUGGCUGUUUCACUCCUCAGCAUGGUGGGCAUCACGCUGAACAGAUAUAUACUCAUCGCCUGCCACAGUCGCUACUCGCAGAUAUAUAAACCGAAGUUCAUAACCCUGCAGUUGUUGUUCGUAUGGGCCGUGUCCUUUCUUCUCCUGCUACCGCCCAUUUUGGGCAUCUGGGGCGAGAUGGGUCUGGACGAAGCCACCUUCUCCUGCACAAUACUCAAGAAGGAGGGACGAUCUAUCAAGAAAACGCUGUUCGUGAUCGGCUUCCUGCUGCCCUGCCUGGUCAUAAUCGUCUCGUACACCUGCAUCUACAUCACGGUACUGCACCAGAAGAAGAAAAUCCGCAACCACGACAACUUCCAAAUCGGUGCGAGUGCUGCGGGAAAAGGCUCCUCCGCCGGCGGAUCCUACAUGACCACCACGUGCACGCGAAAGGCGCGCGAAGACAACCGACUGACCGUCAUGAUGGUCACCAUCUUCCUGUGCUUCCUCGUGUGCUUCCUUCCGCUGAUGCUGGCCAAUGUGGUGGACGACGAGCGCAACACCCGGGUUCCCUGGCUGCACAUCAUCGCCUCGGUAAUGGCCUGGGCCUCCAGCGUCAUCAACCCGAUCAUCUAUGCGGCCAGCAACCGCAACUACAGAGUGGCCUACUACAAGAUCUUUGCGCUGCUAAAGUUCUGGGGCGAGCCGUUGUCGCCGAUGCCGAGUAGAAACUAUCACCAAAGCAAGAACUCCAAGGAGCUGUCGGGCGUAAUCCGCAGCACGCCGCUCUUCCACGCUGUGCAGAAGAAUAGUAUUAACCAAAUGUGCCAAACAUAUUCAGUAUAAUCGAAAUCGCAGUCGAGUCUUUGUUUAAGAGCCUGUAGUUCAUAUCAAUUACCUACUUACUACUUUUUAGUUUAUAAAUUUAUUAACGAUGUACCGCAGUGCUUACAUCAAAGACAAUCGAAUUAAAUAUAUAUAUGUAGACCAAUUGAGAA